UAUCUGUCAGUUUUAAUUUGAAAAUGGCGGACCAUGCAUCAAGCAGUAGCGGCUUUGCCGGUAAUUUAGUUGAAAAUUCAAUAAAUCAAGAUGAAUUGAUUAUGAAACAGCAACGAGAGAUAGAAAAAGAGAUUUCAGAGUCGAUACCGCUUGUGGGCGAACUUGAGCCAUUGUCGUCAUUAGAAAAAGAAUAUAAUGAAGAUCCAGUGUAUCUUAUGAAAGUAAAAGACCUCUCAUCUAAAUAUAAACAUAUCAGACGAACCAGGCCCGACGGCAACUGCUUCUUCAGAGCCUUUUCUUAUGCAUAUUUAGAACACCUACUCAAGGAUAAGGCAGAGUAUGAGAAAUUUUAUGAAAUAGCAAAAAAUUCUAAGGAAAUCCUCGUAGCUUUGGGUUUCUCUCAGUUCACGGUGGAGGAUUUCUAUGAAACGUUUAUGGAAGUAGUCCAACGGGUAGGAGAGCAGGCCGGAGGUUCUCCAGUGGGCACCGAGGAGAUCCGACUGGAACUCCACGAUAAAUUCAACAAGCAGGGCUAUUCGGACUACAUUGUGGUUUAUGUGAGGCUCGUAACAUCUGGCCAGCUUCAGACGCAACAGGACUUCUACCAGAACUUCAUUGAAGGUCCACGCACUGUUACAGAGUUUUGUAGACAGGAGGUGGAGCCCAUGUACAAGGAGUCUGAUCACAUCCACAUCAUUGCACUGAGCAACGCUCUCAACGUCGGCGUCAGAGUGAAGUACAUGGACCGAGGGGAGGGCAGCCAGAGUAGUGGUCAAUCAUCUAGUGACCCGGUAUCCUCAAGUAGUACCGGGUCAGAUAAUCCUGGAAGUGGUUCAAAGGUGAUAGCUCACGACUUCCCCGAAGGUUCUACCCCGCUGGUCCACCUGCUGUACCGCCCCGGCCACUAUGAUAUACUAUACGCGUGAUCGCGACUUUGCUUAUAAUAAAACAUUUGAUUAUCUUA